AUGCACUUAACGCCUUCCUUUGUGUCUUCUGAGCACCGUUUACCGAUUUUAAGUGAAAAUAUCGGAGAAGCUACCCCUCCUCAAUCUAAAAACCAAACCCAAACAUUUACAUUUCUUUCAACACAUCAAAAGAGAGUCUUAACAUCUCCCCCAAAACGGACAUCAAUUUUUGAUACCGAAGAAACAGAAUUUGGGAAUUUAAAUAUGCCAUUUUAUAUUAAUUACAAAACCAAAUAUUUCAAAUUGUUUCUCAAUUUUUGGCCAUCUUAGAAAAUAAACCAUAUUAUCUCUAAAAUACUCACUAUGAAUCAGAUUAAAUACCAAAAUACACACAGAACCAAUUCUUAUAAUUUCUUUGAAGAACCUAUGGAAACUACACCAAAAAGCGACUUUAUAGAGACCAAAAGAAUUACCACUGACUUCACCAUAAAAGAAAAACCCUCUGAAGAGAUUGACAGCCGACAAGACAUAGAAAAGCAGUCACAAACAACUUACUCCCAAAAAGAAACAGCGCGUUUCAAUGAUGCAGAACAAUCGAACCAGUUUUUCAAACAAAUUUCGCCUCAGAAUCCUGAUCUUCCAAACUUGAAAAGCCCUGAUGUUUAUCUCACAAACCUAAUCAGGACUUUUAAGCACCAGAAAUCGAUCCCUUCUUCAAUGAUAGAAAACCUAACUCUUGAGGGCCGCAGAAUUAUCGUAGAAAAGCUUAUCAGUGAGAAAUUAUCAAUGCAAGAGCAGCUCAUGGGGCAAGAAAGGAGGAGAUUUUCAAUAGUCUCACAAAUUGAUGAAGAAUUCAGAGGAGCACUUUCAAGACAGCCAGCGAGGCCUGCAAACCCUUCAAUGCUGAAGCUAUAUGCAUUAAGAGGUAUCAGCAAUGUUUCUCCUAUUGAAAAAGAUGAAAGCGAAAUUGACAUUAACUCAAAAAUCGCAUCUCCAUUAACCCCAAAAGACGAAAUUAACUCUAAAAAGGUGGAAAUACAGCUUAAAGAGUUCACACAGCUAGAAACAGAACUAGUGAGGCUUAGCCAAGAGCUUCAAGAACUGAAAAGCCAUAAUAAUUUAUUGCAGAAUAUUUUAUCUUACACAAAAGAAAAUGAUUUUAAAGCAAUUUCAGAAAUCAUCAAAAAUAAAGUAAGCAGCUAUGAACAGAUGAUUAAAAAUCUCAAUGAAGAGAGUUAACUAUUAAAGCUAUGCUGGCCUAUGCGGGUAAACUCACUACUCGUUGCCUGUCUUGAUUUCAAAAAAGCAGCCUCCAUAGAUUUAGGAGUUCAAAUAAGGAAAAGCAAGGCUGCCUUUUGGAUCUCAAUCUGAACCGCCUGCCAAAGGGAUCAGCUCCCAGGGGCACAUUUACUGUCUAAAAGGCACCCGAUGGUCCCGACAAACUAUGCGGCAGGCAAAGCAUGUCAAAGCCCAUCUUUUAGGAAUAAGAAAACCACUGGGGAUGAAUAAAAACUUCCCUCUUUGGAAAGACAUCACAAACCUAAAAGCCUAGUUCAAAAAGGGACAAAGGUCCUAUUUUCAGCUUCACCAGGAUGAAUCCUACCUUUUCCAUAGGGAGCGCGCCUCUGAGCCGUUCAUCUGUCAGAACUAUCAUUCUAUUUCUCAACGAAGAGAGAGAAUAAUGCUAAAGACCAAACUAAGGAUUGGAGAUAGGAGUUUUGCACAAUUAGAUAAGAGAGAAGAAUUAAAUGCACUGUGAGAUAUUGUAGGAGUUGAUAAAGAUUGUGGGCUGAAGCCUUCAGAAAUUGACACUAUUAAUAAGCUUAUUGAAUUGAGUGCUUCUGGACCUAUGGGAAAAUUUGAUGACUAUGUAAAUGAUCUGCUUUCUGGUCAUGAUAUAGCAGAAAUGGCAAGCUUAUUAGUGAGAUAUAUCAAAUGUCUUGAAGAAGAUGUUUGCAUUGGGCUGAGAAAACAGCUUCUGGACUUGAGAUUAACCAAUUUAAGCCAUGAUUUAAAAGUCGAGCAGGCUUUUGAUGAAAAAGGAACCUUUGAGCAGCAAUUUCAACUUAUCAAAGAAAAAAUGGACUCUAUUAACUACAGGCACUCAAGAGUGAACAAAGAAAAGCAAAUUCAAUUGAGAGAGCAAGACAGCAAGCUGAAAAGAUCGAAAUGGAUCAUUCCUGAUAAAUGGGCAGGCUUAUCCCCAACUGAGCUUUAUUCAAAAUCAAUUAAAAAGAACUGUAAAUUAAAAAUUAGCUAA